AUGCUGGUCCACGAAAUCCAAACCAUCUCUUCCCACAAUGCCGGCCCUCUCAUUGCCAGCCUUCUAACGUUUCUUCUGCUGGCCCUCGUACUGCGGUGCUUCCUCCACUCAGACAAAAUCCCUGCUGCCAGCUCCGGUCUCCCAAUUGUGGGAAACCUGCAAAAAUACACCCUCGACCCGGUUGGGUUCAUUUCCGCUGCCACCAGCCGCCAUGGACAGUGCUUUACUGUGUCGAUGCUAUUCGGCCGCACGAUCUGGCUGCGAAGUCCUCAGCUCAACAAGGAAUACCUAGAAACAAGAGAGGUUGACAUAUGGUCGUUCGGCGACGGGAUGGGCCUUUUCCUCAACAAGAUCGUGAUCCCCGGAUACUUCGACCAUCUGCGCAGCAUGGUCGGGUCUCUGAGUCGUGGGAUCUCACGCAAAGCUACUCUCGAGAGGUACGCCCAGAUCGCGGACGAAGAAGCCUCCAAGGCAGUCAAUGGCUGGACCCGCGGACACGGCGGACACUCUGUAGCCCUCUUCGAAGAAAUCUCCUUCCUUGUGCACAAGAUCAUCGUGCGGUGCUUGAUGGGACAGGACUUUUACGAUCACCAUGUCGAGGAGCUCUACGACCUGCUGCACACCAUGGAGGCCAAUGUGGGCAGUAUCUGGCAUACCAUUCUCCCGGCUUGGGUUCCGCAUGGUCCAGCGCGUAAUCUGUGGAAAUGUCGAGACCGUGUGCAGGAGAUCUUCCGGUUUCGUCUUCAGGAGAGAGAGAAAUGCCCGGAGGAAUGGACUGACAGUCUGGAUUAUAUCUCGUACACCCUGCAAGACCCUGCAACUGCACAUCUGAGCCGGUUCUACGCCGCACACCACACGCUGCUUAUGUUUGCCGCGCAUACCAGCACUGUUGCCAGUAUAUCCUGGACCGUCUUAGAGCUGCUCAAAUCCCCAGCACGACUUCAGCUUCUACGCGAGGAUCUAGCCGCCCACUCCCUAGAACAGUCCCCCUUCCUAGACGCCCUCAUCAAGGAGACCGGCCGCCACUACUCCGGUAACAGCGACGUCCGCUGGGCCCGGAAGCCCAAGACCCUGCGCACCGACGUCGCCGGAACCCAAAUCACCAUCCCAGAGGGAACAAUCGUUUCGAUUUCUCCCUAUCUUACGCACCACGAUCCUGUGGCGUGGGAAAGACCCGAGGAAUAUCUGCCCGAGCGAUGGCUGGCGGAUGGUACCUUGGCGAAGAAGAUGAACGACGGCGGGCAGCUGCGGUAUAUUCCGUUUGGGGCGGGCAGCCAUCGAUGUCCGGGCGAGAAAAUGGCGAUUUUGGUUUCCAAGAUGGUUGUCUCGCGUAUUGUCAAGGGCUGUGAGGUUGGCUGGGGAGAGGGGAGCAGCGAGGAGACUCUGGGGGGGUUGGAUUUCUCGAAGGUGGGCAGCCCCUGGCUCAAGGGGGAUGUGCAGGUGCAAUUCUGGUAG